GUUCUUUCCGUGUAAGGUGCGCACAAGAGUCUCCCUCUCACACACAGAGUCUCCGACUCUCUCACGAUCUUUCUCACAGCACACUUCUUCCUGAAUGAUCUCCAAUUUUAUUAGUAAUCUCUCUCUCUGAUCCUUUGAUCGCAUGAAUCCAAAUCAUACAAAAUUAGAAAUUGGAGUAAAUAACAUUCUAGGGUUUUUUUCCUGCAAAAUUUCCUCCUCCUUUAUUUGUCCGAUAGGAAUGAAAAAUCUUGCCCUAUAAAUAAAAACCAAAAACAAAGCAAAAACAAGACAAAAUGGCUUCCAACAAAGCAAAUUUGGAACUUCGGCAAUCCGAAUUCAUAUGCUUAUUCGGUCGUAAAAUGUCAUUGUUGAUUUUGUUAGUUGCACUUGUUGUAGCUGCAACCACUGGCAAAUCAAAUGCAAUUAGCUCUGCGUCUUUUUCGUCUUCGUCUACUAUGCACACUAAUAACUGGGCAGUAUUAGUCUGUACAUCUCGUUUCUGGUUUAACUAUCGGCACAUGGCCAAUACGUUAUCCUUAUACAGGACAGUAAAGCGGCUAGGAAUACCUGAUGAGAGGAUUAUACUCAUGUUAGCAGAUGAUAUGGCUUGCAAUACAAGAAAUAAUUAUCCUGCCCAAGUGUUCAAUAAUGAAAACCACCGACUUAACUUGUAUGGUGAUAAUGUUGAGGUCGACUAUCGAGGCUAUGAGGUGACAGUAGAAAACUUCUUACGUGUUUUGACUGGGCGGCAUGGGACUGCUGUUCCGAGAUCAAAACGUCUUUUAAGCGACGAGGGCAGUCACAUACUCUUAUACAUGACUGGGCAUGGGGGAGAUGAAUUCUUAAAAUUUCAGGACUCGGAGGAGCUUCAGAGUCAUGAUUUAGCUGAUGCAGUGAAGCAGAUGAAAGAAAAGCUUAGGUUUAAGGAGCUGCUGAUAAUGGUGGAUACAUGCCAAGCUGCUACUCUCUUUAGUCAGCUUCACUCACCUGGUGUUUUGGCCAUCGGGAGCAGCAUGAAAGGAGAAAAUUCAUAUUCACAUCACCUUGAUUCUGAUAUUGGUGUUUCUGUGGUGGAUCGGUUCACUUACUAUACCCUCGCCUUCUUUGAAAGGUUAAAUACAUACAGUAAUGCUUCCAUGAGCAGUUUUUUCAACUCAUUUGUUCCAAGUUUGUUGCUGUCAACUGCAUAUUACCGAACAGAUCUUUAUCAACGCCCUCCCGACGAGGUACCUGUAACAAACUUCUUUGGCUCAGUCAUGGAAACAAUCCACACAGAUUCAUCUUAUAAAGGCUUCUCUAGCAAGAGAACUAGCAGCGCGAAAAUCGAAAUGCCAUUGGACCAAGCAGAUGAAACUGAAAGAAGAACUCUGACAAGUACAAUUGCCGAGACCCACAGAACUGAGACGAAUGUAGAAGCGGAGGAAAAGCAUAUUUUCCACUUUAUAUCAAGCAUCUGGAAUAACAAGGUUGAGCGGAUAGAAAACAUUGAUACUGUGGUGAAUUACGGCUUGGUAGCCAUGCUUCCUCUGGCAGUUCUCUCAACGUGGAUAUUAUGCUGAAGGUGUGGAUAUGAUCCGAUUACUGUUGUUUUUCUCCCUUCAAUGUUGAAGGUGUGCAAUAUGAUCUCCCAGUAUAGUUGGUAGUGUCCUGAUUGCAUUGGAAGUUUGGCCACUUCAAAUUCGAGACAAGUAGAACAUGUGUCGACUAUAACAAUUAAGUAGUGUCUCGUUUUUUGAUUUUUUUUUUUAUAAUAACAAUUUAGUAGUGUCAGUUCUUUUUUUUUUUUUUUGGCAUACAUGGAAAGAGAAAGCUGGAGUGUUGUGAAGGCGAGAGACACUCCAGGGUGAACUGCUAUAUGUUAAAAAUGACUUAAGCUCUUUGGGGAUUGGGGUUCAAGUGUAAGGUUACUGUAAUGUGGAUGACAUAAGUGUUGUAAGAUGCACCUUUACUAAUUAUUUUUCAUCUUAAUAUAAUCUAAUCACUCCUGUUUGC